UCCAGAGCUUUUAUCGGUUGGCAGGCGAACAAAUUUGAAUCUGAAACUUUAGCCCAACCGUCACGUUGUGAGGGGCGCGCAAUAAAUCGAAAUUGAUCAAGUUUAGAGGCGUCUCCCCAAUUUUCUUUUCGAGUCAACCGAAAACGAGAGAAUGUCGUACAAGAAUAUCUAUUAUUCGGACAAAUACUACGACGACAAAUAUGAAUACAGGCAUGUUCAACUUCCAAAGGAUCUUGCCAAACUUGUACCGAAAAGUCAUCUAAUGACGGAGGCCGAGUGGAGAGGGCUUGGUGUCCAGCAAAGCCAAGGCUGGAUUCACUACAUGAUUCAUCAACCUGAGCCUCACAUUCUGUUGUUCCGACGCCCAAUCACCACACCCCCAAUGGAAGAAAAAGAAUCAUAAACGAACAAUCUUAAACUCCCUCCACUAAAAGCCAGCAAGUGCGAUUAAAAGUGUUGCUAUUGAUAAUUAUUUCUUUUUUGACGUUUUCUUCUUCGAUUCACCUUUUUCACUUCAUCUUCCCACUUCUGUCAUUUGUUCAACCUUCCCCGUCAUUCCCUUCAUGCUUAAAGAUGUCUUUUUUCAGGCUCUUUUUUUUAGGCUUCCCAAAAAGCUGUUUUUUUUUCUUUCUCAGUUUAGUUGAGUGUUAAUAGAGCCAGAGAACCUGUACAAUAUUCCGUAUGUACCGUAAUAAAAACCCAUGUUUCGCUGCUAACGCAGAAAGAAAA